AUGGAAUUACGACGGAAAUCUUCUUCGCCCAGUCUUUCUUAUUCCACAGGAGACCUCCCAAAAGUUGGCAUCGUUCGACGGGCCCCCUCCUCCCUCCAAGACCAUCACGACGAACUUCCACUAGGAGCUACAGUAGUCGAAGCAUUCUCACAUCAUGGACCCAAGAAAUGGGAGAAACAAAGCAAGGGAUUCCUGGCAUCCGUAGCCUUUUUAGUCUUUUUGACCAUUAUGACAUCGGGGAAUGCAAGAAAACCGCGAUUGCGUGGCGGCAAGGCACCCUUUUCGACGCUGUCGCCAGAUGGUCAUCAAUACAGUUUUGGAGGUGCCAAACGACCAGGCUAUUUCUAUCCCAAAGAUGCCAUAUUAUCGAGCAACGAAUUUCUAUUUGCGGCCGUGACGGACCAAGACACGGCCAGUCGGGAUCCCUCCGCCACCUUGGAGAAACCUCGAUUCAAGGCCAUUUUGUUGCCAGGGAUACUGAAACGCGACAAACAGACGGACAUGUACACCAUUGAAUUUCGGAAAGAACGAGAAAUUAUCACCAAACAUAACGAGGCGGGACGAGGGGCCGAAUAUUCCGACCUGCAACUCUUUGACAAUCGGCUGUUAACCUUUGACGACCGAACGGGUACUGUGGUCGAAAUUCUGAAUGCAGAUGAUGGCAUGUCGUCCACAGUGUCACCUCGAUUUGUAUUUACGGAAGGGUAUGGUCAUUCGGAUAAAGGAAUGAAAUGGGAAUGGGCGACGGUAAAGGAUGGAGAACUAGUCAUGGGAAGCAUUGGUAAAGAGUUAACGAACAAGGACUUGACAUUCAAAAGUCAAGCAGGAAUGUGGGUAGUAGCGAUGAAUUCCAUGGGACAGACGAGGAGGAUAGACUGGACCGAAGAGUACAAUUUUGUGCGUCUGCAGCUGUUUGCGGAUCUACCAGGUUAUGUAGUUCACGAAGCCGUUCAUUGGAGUGACCAUUUGAACAAGUGGGUAUUUUUGCCACGAAGAAUUUCACAACAACCGUACAGUCCGAGAACGGAUGAAAAGUUGGGAAGCAACAAGGUCCUGCUAGUGGAUGAAGGCUUUACAACGUCUACCACUGUCGAAGUCAACUUUGAAACAUACAAGGAAGAGGGUGGAGGUUAUCAUGGCUUUAGCGCUUUUUCGUUUGUACCCGACACCAAGGAUCGGCAUGUCCUUGCCAUUCGCUCGGUGGAAGAAGGCUGUUACACCGACAAUUUUGAGGAUUGCAGCUUCCGAACCUAUUUUUGUGUCUUUGAUAUCAUCACAGGCGAGCUUUUGAUGGAUGAAGUGUUGUAUGAUGCCCCGCUGAAGUUUGAAGGCCUAGAGUUUGUGGACAUGUAUGCUGCGCCCCCACCCUCUAUAAGGGAGUACCUAUGA